ACAGGAGAGAAACCUUAUAAAUGCUCAGACUGCGGAAAGAGUUUCAAUCAGAAGUAUCAUCUUUCUAGGCAUCUGAGAACCUACACAGGAGAGAAACCUUAUACAUACUCAGACUGUGGAAAGAGUUUCAAUCGGAACCAUCAGCUUUCUAGGCAUCAGAGAAUCCACGCAGGAGAGAAACCUUAUAAAUGCUCAGAGUGUGAGAAAUGCUUUACUCAAAGUAAUAAACUAGUCAUCCAUCAAAGAAUCCACAGAGGAGAGAAACCAUAUGAAUGCUCAGACUGUGGAAAGCGUUUCAAUCAGGAGCAUCAUCUUUCUAGGCAUGAGAGAAUCCAUACAGGAGAGAAACCGUAUAAAUGCUCAGACUGUGGAAAGAGUUUCAAUCAGGAGCAUCAUCUUUCUAGGCAUCAGAGAACCCACACAGGAGAGAAACCUUAUAAAUGCUCAGAGUGUGAGAAAUGCUUUACUCAAAAGAUUGAACUAGUCAUCCAUCAAAGAACCCACACAGGAGAAAAACCAUACAAGUGCUCAGACUGUGGUAAGGGCUUAAAGUCGAGAAGUAAACUUGUUACUCAUCAAAGAAUUCACACAGGAGAAAAACCCUAUAAAUGCUCAGAAUGUGGAGAGAGCUUUGGUCGGAAGGAUACCCUUACUACCCAUCAUAGAAUCCAUACAGGAGAGAAACCGUAUAAAUGCUCAGACUGUGCAAAGAGUUUCAAUCAGGAGCAUCAUCUUUCUAGGCAUCAGAGAACCCACACAGGAGAGAAACCUUAUAAAUGCUCAGAGUGUGAGAAAUGCUUUACUCAAAGUAAUAAACUAGUCAUGCAUCAAAGAAUCCACAGAGGAGAGAAACCAUAUGAAUGCUCAGACUGUGGAAAGCGUUUCAAUCAGAAGUAUCAUCUUUCUAGGCAUGAGAGAAUCCAUACAGGAGAGAAACCUUAUAAAUGCUCUGAAUGUGAGUUUUUCUGCUCAUCGGCUUAAGGGGGAAAUGUUCUAGCCGUCCCCUACUGUAAAACACCUCCAAGGCCAAACACGGAUGUUUAUUGAAAAACAAAGGUGAUUUUCAGCAAUUUUCAUUUGUAUCCAGUCCGUAGUAGGGAUAAGGGCUUGGAUUUCACCCCCAAACUUU